AUGGGCAUCGUCGACGUCGUCUCCGAGUACUGCUCCUUGCCGAGGACUCGCCGGCAUCUCAAGAAGAGGAAGCAGUUCCAGACGGUGGAGAUGAAGGUGCGGAUCGACUGCGAAGGCUGCGAGCGGAAGGUGAAGAAGGCGAUGGAGGACAUGAAGGGCGUGAGCUCGGUGGAGGUGACGGCGAAGCAGAACAAGGUGACGGUGACGGGGUACGUGGACGCCGCCAAGGUGAUGCGCCGCGUCGCCUACAAGACGGGCAAGCGGGUGGAGCCGUGGCCCUACGUGCCCUACGAGAUGGUGGCGCAUCCCUACGCGCCGGGGGCCUACGACAAGAAGGCGCCCGCCGGGUACGUCCGCAACGUCGUCGCCGACCCCACCGCCGCGCCGCUCGCCAGGGCGUCGUCCACUGAGGUCAGGUACACCGCGGCGUUCAGCGACGAGAACCCAAACGCCUGCUCCGUCAUGUAG